AUGCCCUCUUCGCCAAGUCGCUUCAUAGCCUUAAGCGGAAGGCCCCACCAGCGGUUAUCAGCGGCCGCAUCGCACCUCAAGCUUCCCCGCCAUUGUCAGCAGCUGCACGAGCUUCUCGCCUCCCACCGCAGCUUCUCCAGCACCGCCCCAACGCCUGACCAACAGCGCGGCGCCGAUCUCGUCCGCCGCCGCCAGCUGCUCGAUCGGGUCCGCGAGUAUCAGCUCACGAGAGGCAAGAACACGAAGCACAUCGACGAAAUGUCCAUCAACAAGCCCAACGUGGGGGAGGUGCUGAAGGGCAAGUACCCGGCCAAGACGCAUGCCAAGAAGGUCAAGGAGUGGAUCGUUGCGAAUGGCGGGGAUGCGGAGGGUGUGAUUUACCUGGAGGGCCAGAAGACGAAGAUGAACGAGGACAAUGACCAGGAACAGCCCUUCCGCCAGCGGAGAUAUUUCUUCUACCUGACAGGGUGCAACCUGCCCGACUGCUACGUCGCGGUCGACUUGAAGUCGGAGAAGAGCACGCUGUUCAUCCCGCCCAUUGACCCAGACGAGGUCAUUUGGUCGGGCCUGCCGCUGAGCCCGGAGGAAGCGCUUCGCAAAUACGACAUUGACGACUGCAAGCCUUCGACCGAAAUCAACGCGUACCUGUCCGGUGCUUCGACGGCCAAGUCGACCGUCUACGCCAUCAGUGGCCAGAUCUCGGACGAGACAACUUUCCUGGCCUUCAACAACAAGAACUUCGACCUCCUCAAGACGGCCGUGGAAGAAUGCCGCGUUGUCAAGACGCCAUACGAGAUCGCCCUCAUCACUCACGCCAACACCGUCUCGACCGCCGCUCAUACAGCCGUCAUGGCGGCUGCCAAGUCGGCGACAAACGAGCGCGAGCUGGAGGCCAUUUUCUUGAAGAGCUGCAUCGAACGCGGGUGCCGCAACCAGGCGUACGGCUCCAUCAUGGCCAGCGGCACCGCGGCCGCCACGCUUCAUUACGUGGCCAACGACCAGCCGCUUGCUGGAAAGUUGAACCUCCUCGUUGAUGCCGGCGCGGAGAAGGAUUGCUAUGCUUCCGAUAUCACCCGUACAUUCCCCAUCAGCGGCAACUUCUCCCCCGAGAGUCGCGCCAUCUACGACAUCGUGUUGCGCAUGCAGAAGGAGGCCAUCGAGAGCCUGAAGGCCGGCGUGAGCUGGGACGAGGUGCACUCGCAGGCUCACCGCACGGCCAUUGCCGGCCUGCUGCACCUGGGCAUCCUCAAGGGCGAUGCCAAGGCCAUCUUCGAUUCUCGCACUUCUGUGGCAUUCUUCCCGCACGGUCUCGGACACUAUCUCGGCAUGGAUACGCACGACUGUGGUGGUAGCCCCAACUAUGCGGAUAAGGACCCCAUGUUCCGCUACUUGCGCAAGCGUGGCACGCUCCCGGCGGGCUCGGUCAUCACGGUGGAGCCUGGCAUCUACUUUUGCAGGUUCAUCAUCGAGCCGUACUUGAAGGACGAGAAGCACAAGGGCUUCAUUGACGAGUCCGUGCUGGAAAAGUACUGGGAAGUGGGCGGGGUCAGGAUCGAGGACAAUGUCCUGGUGACAGAGACGGGCUAUGAGAAUUUGACCGAGACGCCAAAGGAGACGGCGGAUGUUGAGACGGUUGUGGCUGGUUAA